AUGGAAUUUGCAAGGGAAAAACAUUUGCGAGGGAAAAUAAGCAAGAUUUCCGUUACUACAUUGCCGUCUCAGAAUCCCUUGCAGUUCGGUCGCAAUUCCGUCGCAAUUUGCAAUGGAAAUGGAAUCCCUCGCAAGAAUCAUAAGUCUGUGACGGAAAUAGCGAGGCCAUUGGUGGUGGAAAGUAUUCAUAAGGAUGAUGAGAAAGUUGUAGGAGAAGAAGAGUUCGGGUUAGGAGUUGGAGUUGAAGAUGCUAGCACAGAGAAUAAAGAUGGUGGUGUGAAUGUGACACUGGUCAAGACCAGAGGCGAAGACACAGAUGUUGAAAAACAAGCAUGGAAGUUGUUACAAGGAGCUGUUGUGACUUAUUGUGGUAGCCCCGUGGGGACAGUGGCUGCAAAUAAUCCAGGUGAUAAGUCACCCUUGAAUUAUGAUCAAGUCUUUAUUCGGGAUUUUGUCCCUUCAGCUCUUGCCUUCUUGCUUAGAGGAGAAAACGAGAUUGUUAAGAACUUUCUUCUUCACACCUUGCAAUUGCAGAGCUGGGAGAAAACAGUGGACUGCUACAAUCCCGGGCAGGGCUUAAUGCCUGCUAGUUUCAAAGUUAGAACUGUAGUUCUUGAUGAAGAUAAUCAAGAAGAAGUUCUAGAUCUUGAUUUUGGGGAAUCAGCUAUUGGUCGUGUUGCACCUGUAGAUUCAGGAUUAUGGUGGAUCAUCCUUUUGCGGGCUUAUGGGAAGCUCACUGGUGACUACAGUUUGCAAGAAAGGGUGGAUGUUCAAACAGGCUUAAAAAUGAUCCUUAAUUUGUGUUUAACUGAUGGUUUCGAUAUGUUUCCUUCUCUGCUAGUCACUGAUGGGUCUUGCAUGAUAGACAGGCGGAUGGGCAUUCAUGGUCAAACUCAUUUAACCCCAAAUUCAGGAGCAAUUGCAUGCUGCGACAGAACAGCUAACUCAGCAAGCGAACUUAUGAAGCAGCAAGCUGAUAUUAUGAAACAAAUGCAGGAACAAGUCCGACUUUUAAUGCAGGACAAGGAAGCCAACUGCAACAAGUCGAAGGGACCGGCGCCGGAUGAUGACCCUGAUGAUGAUGAUGACUUUGCUAGGACUUUAGAGGCAUACUAG